AUGACGUCCCUGCACGAAAAGUACGAGUCCCAAGCAGAAUGCCCAUCUUCUCCGCAACUUACCACCGUGAAAAGUAACAUAAAAAUAGGCUUUGGUCGUUACAGAUCGGAGGUUAAUUAUUCGCCAGUAUCGAGUCCUGUUAGUGGUCUCUCAACCCCAGCAUCAAGCCCGGCAAUAUCCACAACCUGCGAAGAAUAUUCCCCAACUUCGUUAUCAUGCAUUCCUCAGUUCUCUGCUGUCCAUGGCAAUAUGGAUGUGAACUCUUUUCUAACCUUUCAAAACUAUGGUGAACCAGCAAAAGUGAAUAGUCCAGAACUUAGCUUUACCUUCUCAGUCCACAAGUGCGGAAAGAGUGUGAAGGAUAGUCCCGCAUUCGAUCUCAAGUGCUGCCGCAGGCCUCUCGGCGUUAAGAAGACUGAAGGCGCUUCAUCCCCAGCUGUGGUACGGAAACGAAGACUUGCAGCUAACGCACGGGAGAGGCGCCGGAUGCACAGCUUGAACGUUGCUUUUGACCGUCUCCGGGAAGUGGUACCCUCUAUUGGUGAAGAUCGGAAACUGUCUAAAUACGAAACACUUCAGAUGGCCCAAAGUUACAUAUCAGCCUUGUGUGAGCUUUUGGAAUAG